AUGCCCGGCGAAGCCAAAGCCCAGCUCAAAGAAGCCUCGCAGCAGGCGAAGAAGGAAUUCCACCCAGACUACCAGCACGCCCCGCACGCCUCGAGCGCAGCCUACACGGCCCCCGGGCGUCUGGGAAAUGCCACGCUCGCACUAGGCGAGGACCCGCGCGCCAAUGCCCAGCUGCUGCCUACGAUCAAGGCCAUCGGGAUGGGCACGCACGGCCCGCCGGCGUCGCUCGCGACGCUGGAUGAGAAUUCCACGCUCGACGAGAUUGGCGUGAUGGUGAAUGAGUUUAACGAGGGGUUGUUGCUGAUGUACAAUGGGGGCGUGUCGGUGGAUUUGCCGGGGGAUGCACACGAGCGGAAGGUGCAGAUGGUCGAGGAGACGAUCGCGGGGGGCGACGGGCAGGAUAUGCUGGUGUAUGUGUAUCGGCCUGCGGACCAGACGGCGCCGCUGCCGGGGAUUAUGUUCUCGCAUGGUGGCGGGAUGGUGGUGGGCACGACGAUGAAUCCCAUUCACGAUCGGUGGUGCAAGUCGCUUGCCGCGCAGGGGUGUGUGGUGGUGAUGCCGGAUUUCCGCAAUGCGUGGACGAAGAAUGGGUAUCACCAUUUCCCUGCGGGGCUGAAUGAUUGCGUCGCGGCGGCGAAGUGGAUUACGGCGAACAAGGAGAAGCUGAAGGUGCGCAAUCUUGUGCUGGAGGGCGAGAGCGGCGGGGCCAACUUGUCGCUGGCGAUUGCGCUGAAGGCGAAGCGCGAGGGCUGGGUGAAGGAUAUUGCCGGCGUGUAUGCGCUCGUGCCGUACAUCAGUAAUGCCUGGGGCUGGCCCGAGGAGAAGUUGCUGAAGGAGCUUCCUAGCUUGGUGGAGUGCAACGGCUACUUCAUCGGAAGAGGCAGCACGGCGUACAUUGCCCACUUCUACACGCCCACCGACGAGCACCAGCAGAAUCCGCUGGCCUGGCCGUACUACGCCACGCUGGAGGACAUGAAAGGCCUCCCGCCGCACAACCUGGUCAUGGACGAGCUGGACCCGCUCAAGAGUGAAGGCAUCUCGUAUUUUCGUCGCCUAGUGGAAGCGGGCGUCGAGGCCAGGGGAAGUUUGAACUUGGGCGUGAUUCACGCGUCGAGCCUCAUCUUCCGUUCCGUCAUUCCGGCCUAUCACAAGAGUGCCGUCAGAGACAUUGCUGCUUUCGCGGCGGAGUUGUAA